GACUUUUUCGAGGUCUGCAUCACCGACGGGAUGUUGCAGACUUUCACACUGGUUAACUACGUCCUCCUCUGCGGCGUCGUCAGCGCCUUCGGCGUCCUGUUCAACCUCAUCAACGUCAUCAUCUUCGUCAAGCUCGGCUUCUCCGACACGAUCAACAUCUCGCUGCUGAGCCUCGCGCUCGCCGACCUGGGGGUGGUCCUCGCGCUCGUGGGCUACAGCGUCACCUACAACCCUCUUUUCGUGGGAGCGGUGUCCGCCGUGGAGGUCAGUGACUCCGUCAGCUACAUCGCCUUCGGGUGGCCCUACGCCUGCUUCAGCCGCAUCGCCGGCUGCAUGACGGCCGUGAUCACGGUCGAGCGGUUCCUCUGCGUCUCCCUGCCGCUCAAAGUGAAAUCGAUCGUCACGGCCGGGAGAAUAACCACCGUCGCCAUCGGCGUGUCCGCUUUCAUGUUCGCCAGCAUCGUCCCCGCGUUCGUGGGUUCACGUUUGGGCGAGACGUUCAACCCUCGCCUCAACCGGACCUCCAUCGGUCUCAUCUUUUCGGAGAACGUCUACGACCUGGAGAACGCAUCCCUGACCAUCAACGUCGCGGUGCAGCUCGGCGUCUUCGUCGUCGUGGUGGUGUUCACGGUCGGGCUGAUACAGACGUUCCUCCGCAAUGCCGAGUGGAGGAGCGCCGCGUCGACGUCCUCGAAAAACACCGCGGCGACCAGGAGGGACAAGAAGCUGGUCAAGAUGGUCAUCGUGAUAUCGGUCGUGUUCAUCGUGUUCUCCGUUCCCGGCGUGGUCGCCACGUUCCUCAUGAUGUUGGUCAAGGAAUACAACAUCGCCGGGCGCUACAGGAACUUUUACAUCGCUACGUUUUCGGUGCUCUUCCCCAUCGGUGCCAUCAAUUCCACCGUGAACAUUUUCAUAUUUCUUGACCUGAGCUCCAAGUACAGGCGAGUCUUCGUGAGCAUCUUAAAGCGUUACCCCAAAACUUGGAAUCAGGACAGCUUAUUGUUAACGAAACAAACGGAAAUACGCAGAUAAACAAGGACUGGGCCGUGACAUUGUAGAGUUUAGUGUUAGGCAGCUAGGAUUUCCGAACGGUGGCCUAUAUGUGGUCUGGGGCUCAAUAGCUAUACGAGUUCUGUAUAGACAGGG